UCACCCAAGAUUGAAAUGCCGCCGUCACUAUAUGCAAACCUACUGGACCCAGCAGCAGCCCCAGCCGCUGCGACAAUCUCCGGCGCGCCCGUCAAAUACUCGUUCAAGAAAGAAGACGAAGCUCCAGCGCCAGUGGAAAAGAAAACACCCGAUGCCUCUCUCCGUUUCCAGCCUGCCAUCAAGCGCCCCCAGCCUGCGACCAAGCAGAAACCUAGGCCCAACUCGAAUCCCACUCUGGUGACCAAAGCCCCUCCGCUUCCUGCCGCUCCUGUCGCAACUGGUCCCAUUGUCCAGAAAUGGAACGAAUCUCAGCAACAAGACUUUGAUAUCGUCAAUGAAUAUCACAAGUUCCAGGAAGAACAGAAAGCCCGUCUGAAGGAGGAGCGCAAGACCAAGAGAUCCAAAAGNGCUUCGUUGCACAUUCAAGAUAUCGACUGGUCUGCACCCUACAAUGUCCAGGAUGCCUUCACCAAGACUCGUACCAAGCUACGUCUAGAUGCUUGGAAGCAUUCCGACUCCAAGUUCAAUGCCCGCUACCAGUGGAAGGAAACACUCCACUCAUUCAGACGUCCUGGAACUCCUCCACCAGCAAGAGAUGAACCUAGACUGCCAACAGACGUCUCCUACAAGAACAUGCCGCCUCCGCAAGAACUCACUGAGCCUGCCAAUCCUCCUGCCACCUCUCAACCUGCGUCUGCCUCACCACCUCCUCUGGCUGCUAUCGUGCCUGUAGCCCACCCUCCACCUCCUCCAUUCAACCAAUAUCCACCUCCGCCUCCACCUCCACAAUUCCCAGCAGCUCCUGUUUUGCCUGGUCUACAAUACUAUUCACCCCCUCCACCUCAUUUCAUUCCAUCUCCACCACCCGCAGAGCUGUAUCAAGCUACACCUCCGCCCGUCACAGCGCAGCUUCCUCCAUCACAACCAUCAGGCACCAUCUCACGCGAGCCUGUGCGCUACGAACAAGCUGCCCCAUCACAAGACAACACAACCCACACUCCCGAACCCAACGACACCUCACCACCCCAAGACCCCGAACCCUCAGUCCGCACAUCGGCACCCGGACANAAAGGCUUCGCCCAACGCUACAUGGAAAAAAUGGGCUGGAANAAAGGCGAAGGUCUGGGCAAAGAAGCAACCGGUAUAACCACCAUCCUGCGCCACGAAGCCACAAAGCGAAAACGCAAAGCCGAUUCCGAAGGCGGUGGGUGGGCGCAACCUGCAGCCAUGGGUCGCAUUGUGGGUGGCAANAAGACAAAGACCGAUGUUGCUGUAGACGAAAGUAAAGCAUUCAGUCUUGUUGCUAGGUUUGAGGGUAUGCUUAGAGACAUGGAUAUCGACAAGGCUAUCGAAGAAGACAAUUUGAUGCAGAGAAUUGGAGAGAAAUUGGAGCAGUAUGGAAGGUCUGAACGUGUGUUUAUUGAUCGCGAUACUGGGAGGGUGUUUGUCAAGUUUACCAGCGCUUUGAGUGCUUUCAACGCCAUCAAAGCAAGCGACGGCACAGACUUUUUGGGUAAUGGGCGCAUUGUCCAGAGCACUUUCUUCAAUGCCGACAAGUUUGAAGAAGGUGUCUAUGACUAG